CCUCUUAUUGAUCCCUUUUCUCUUUGAUUUCCCUUUAUAUAUAUCUUCUCUACAACUCCCAUAGACUUCAUUCAAUUAGGAAAAACCCCCUUUUCAAACCAAAAAAGAAGAAGAGACUAGGGAUUCUCUUUCAUGGAGGCUGCUGCUGCUUUUGGCCGUCCAAGGCCCGUUGUCAAGACCGAGAAACCUCCGGUUCGCGACGUUAGUCAUGACGACGAUCGGGAUUCUCCCUCUAAACAACAACAACAACAACAACAUCUCCUCGUUAAGAGAGCUGGGAACAACCAUGCAAAACAAGAACAUGAUACUGAAGAUAAAACAAGUUGUUCAUCUGAUCAAAAGGAUUUGAGCUGCAUCAAACUGCAGGAAGAUCAAUUGGAAUCUGCUCGAGCAGAAAUGGGGGAAGUAAGAGAAGAAAACCAAAGACUAAAACAAAGUUUAAACCAAAUCAUGAAGGAUUAUGAAGCUUUGAAAAUGCAAUUCCUAGGGAUUGUCGGACGAGACUCUAAGAAAUUACAAGACGACGACAACGAUGUGAAUAAGGAACAACAACAACAGCAACACGAUGACGAUCAAAUCGAACUGGUUUCACUUUCUUUGGGGAGGUUUCCGGUGUCGGAGAAGAUCAAAAAAGUAGCUGAUGAGAAAAGCUCUAUGAAUAUCAUCAUAGGCGGUGGUGACCAGGACGAAGAAGCAGCGUGUAAAGAGGCUUUAUCUCUCGGUUUGAACUGCAAAUUCGAACGGGAAGAAUCGAUGGUGGCUGUCGUUAAAGAAGUCGAUUCUCCAAAUAGUUUUGAUCAUGAGGCGACGAAGGAGGAAGCUGGAGAGACAAAUUGGCCAUCUAAAGGGGGGAAGACAAUGAGAAGUGUUGAAGAUGAUGUUACACCGCAAAACCCACCCAAACGCGCAAGAGUUUGCGUUAGAGCCCGAUGUGAAACCGCCACGAUGAACGAUGGUUGCCAAUGGAGGAAAUAUGGGCAAAAGAUAGCAAAAGGAAACCCAUGUCCACGAGCAUAUUAUCGUUGCACAGGUUCACCUACAUGUCUGGUAAGAAAACAAGUCCAAAGAUGCGCUGACGACAUGUCGAUUUUGAUCACCACCUAUGAAGGUAAUCACAACCACCCAUUACCUGCCUCUGCCAACGCCAUGGCCUCCACCACCUCCGCCGCUGCCUCCAUGCUUCUCUCUGGCUCCACCACCUCCGCAACGACGGCGGCUUCGUCAUCCACCGCAUCGAAUACUCUCCACGGCCUAAACUUUUACGCAAAUAAUUCUAAACCUAAUUUUUACUUACCCAAUAAUAGUUCCUCUAUAAUUUCAUCCACUUCCCCAACUCACCCCACAAUCACUUUGGACCUCACUUCAAAUCCUUCUUCCUCUUCUUCAAAUUCCUCAACCCAUUUUGGUAAGUUCACAUCUAACUUUCCCAAUUCUCGUUACCCUUUCACUGGCCAACUCGAUUUUGGAUCUUCUAGAAACAAUGUGUUGUCGUGGAAUAAUGGUCUUCUUAGUUACAACAGAAAUAACCACCCUACUACUACAACUGCCAACAAUAUCUAUCAAAACUACAUCCAACAACAACGAAACCCCACCACCUCACUACAACAUCAGCAACCGCCUUUACCCGACACCAUUGCUGCCGCUACCAAGGCCAUCACGGCCGAUCCGAGCUUUCAAUCUGCUCUUGCCGCUGCACUUACAUCGAUCAUUGGCACCGGGGGUGCUAGUGCAAGUGCUGGCCUCACCAAGUCAUCGUCGGGAAGAGGCGAACAAUCGUUGUUUCAAUUGAUGACGACGGCGGCUACUACGAAUAAAGGAAAUGGAUGUGGGACGAGCUUUUUGAACAAUAUUACGACGACGACGACCACCACCACCACGAGUAAUUCACCACCAACAGGCAAUAUGGUGUUUGUUCCAACGAAUUCAUUGCCGUUUUCGAAUUCAAAAAGUGCGUCGGCUUCUCCAGGUGAUCAUAUUGAUCUUACCAAUUAAUUUGAUUAAUUGGGGGUUUCUGUUGGAUAUAUUAAUUUGGGGAAUUUCUUUUUUGGUAAUACAAAAGUGUAAAUUAAUAAAUAUGGUUUUUAAAGUGAAAUUAAUUAAGUUGUUGAUUAAUAGGAGGAUUAGGAUUAGCAGUGGGAAAUGAUACCAUUUUGUUAAUGUUUAGUCAUUUAUGUGUUAACAUUUGUGGAAUCUGUUCUAGAGAUGGUUGGAAGAAUUGGAAGCAAUUCUUAAUUGUAAUUCUCAAAGUCUUUGUAAAUGUAAAUUCAUCCUUCAUAAUCCUCACUUUAUUUAUAAA